CUUUAUUGUGUGGAUGGAUGUCCUAUAACUCAGUUAUUCCUCUUUUGAUGGAUAUUUGGAUUCUUUCCAAGUUUGUCCCCAUCCUCUUUCCAUCAGACAUGCUUAUGCUAUCAGUCUUCUCCUACUUCCAUUUUGGGACAGAAUCCAGAACUUGGGUCCUAUAGGGAAGACAUAAUAGUGCCGUGUAGAAAUGGAAAAAUCCCUCAUAGGCCACACUAUCCCAGGCAUUCAUGGGUGGAUAAGAACUGCCCCAGGAGGAAGUCAUUUUUCAGCAGAAUAGUGAAAGAAUAUUGGGUUCAAAGUUGGGUAACUUGGGUGUGGGAUUGGGUGGGUCACCUGACCUCCUCAGUCCUCAGCUUUACCAUCUAUAAAAUGAGAGGUUGAAAUAGGUGAGUUUUAAUGUCCCUUCCAACUUCAAUAUUUAUGUGGUACUUUUGUUGGAAUAUUGAUUUAAGCUGUAUAACCCAAAUUAUAUGAAGUUUCUCAUAUUUAAAUUAAAAACAUCUUUUGUAUAUAUUGUGUGGUCUAUAAUAUAUUUGACCUGCCAUAUGGCCUAAGCUAUUUUAAACUUUAAGAAUGUAAAAAAAGGAAGCUGAAUAUCAUUCUAUAUUUUACAUAAACUAUCCUUUUCUAAAAGAUCAAUUUCAGAAGUAUAAAACCCAUUCCAGAAUUAAAACCAAAUCCUGUUUAUCAAGUUUGAAUACUUGAAGAAUAGAAGAUUGUGAGGUUAUAUUUGUUUUUAAAAUGGAUCCUUAUAAUUUUCAGUGAGUCCAAUCAUUCAGAAGUAAUCCUAGGGCUUUGAAACUUGGCUUCAGAUUUCUUGUUUAAACUGUUUGCACAUUCUAGCCCUUUAAUCCAUCUCCUUGUUUCAUUAAAUGCUAAAACUGACAUUGCUUAAUAUAACUAAAGUUUUCUGAUUUGAUGCUGAGGAAGCUGCCUUAGAGGUGAACUAUAUCCUGCCGGCAAAGUUACAAAGUUACACGGCCAAGUUAUAAAGUAACAAAAGCAGUCAUUUUUGCUGCAUCACACAUAGGAUGUUUUGCAUUGCUAAGCAUUGCCUGUUUGACAAUUUUAGUCUCAUAAUUCAAUCAAAUGACAGCUGUUUGAAAGACAAAAUGAUAUAAGAACUGCACUUGAUUUGUGUAAUUACAACUGGAAGAUAAAGACAUUUUUUUGGCCAGAAGAUAAGAGUAAUCCCAGACUUGAAACAUGAGCUCAGAUGCCAGCCAAGGCGUGAUUACCACUCCUCCUCCUCCCAGCAUGCCUCACAAAGAGAGGUAUUUUGACCGCAUCGAUGAAAAUGACCCAGAAUACAUUAGGGAGAGGAACAUGUCUCCUGAUCUACGCCAAGACUUCAAUAUGAUGGAGCAGAGGAAGCGAGUUACUCAGAUCCUGCAAAGUCCUGCCUUUCGGGAAGACUUGGAAUGCCUUAUUCAAGAACAGAUGAAGAAAGGCCACAACCCAACUGGAUUGCUAGCAUUACAACAGAUUGCAGAUUACAUCAUGACCAAUUCUUUCUCGGGUUUUUCUUCACCUCCCCUCAGUCUUGGCAUGGUCAUGCCUAUCAAUGACCUUCCUGGUGCAGAUACAUCCUCAUAUGUGAAGGGAGAAAAACUUACUCGCUGUAAACUUGCCAGCCUGUACAGACUUGUAGACUUGUUUGGAUGGGCACACCUGGCAAAUACCUAUAUCUCAGUAAGAAUAAGUAAGGAGCAAGACCACAUUAUAAUAAUUCCCAGAGGCCUAUCUUUUUCUGAAGCUACAGCCUCUAAUUUGGUAAAAGUCAAUAUCAUAGGAGAAGUGGUUGACCAGGGAAGUACCAAUUUGAAAAUUGACCAUACAGGAUUCAGUCCCCAUGCUGCAAUCUAUUCAACACGUCCUGAUGUUAAGUGUGUGAUACACAUCCAUACCCUUGCAACAGCAGCUGUAUCCUCCAUGAAAUGUGGGAUCCUUCCAAUUUCUCAAGAAUCUCUUAUUCUGGGAGAUGUUGCCUAUUAUGACUACCAAGGGUCACUGGAUGAACAGGAAGAGAGAAUUCAACUGCAGAAAGUUCUGGGGCCAAGUUGUAAGGUGCUGGUACUCAGGAAUCACGGUGUGGUUGCACUUGGAGAAACAGUAGAGGAGGCUUUUCAUUAUAUUUUUAAUGUGCAGUUAGCCUGUGAGAUUCAGGUGCAGGCCCUAGCAGGGGCAGGUGGAGUAGACAAUCUCAGUGUACUGGACUUUCAGAAAUAUAAAGCUUUCACUCACACUGUAGCAGUAUCUGGUGGAGGAGGUGUGAAUAUGGGUUCUCAUCAAAAAUGGAAGGUUGGCGAAAUUGAGUUUGAAGGGCUUAUGAGGACUCUGGACAACUUGGGGUAUAGAACAGGCUAUGCUUACAGGCAUCCUCUCAUUCGAGAGAAGCCUAGGCACAAGAGUGAUGUGGAAAUCCCAGCAACUGUGACUGCUUUUUCCUUUGAAGACGACACAGUGCCACUCUCUCCUCUCAAAUACAUGGCACAGAGGCAACAGCGUGAAAAAACAAGAUGGCUGAACUCACCAAAUACUUACAUGAAAGUGAAUGUGCCUGAGGAGUCUCGGAAUGGAGAAACCAGUCCCCGAACCAAAAUCACGUGGAUGAAAGCGGAGGACUCGUCUAAAGUUAGUGGAGGAACACCUAUCAAAAUUGAAGAUCCAAAUCAGUUCGUUCCUUUAAACACAAACCCGAAUGAGGUACUAGAAAAGAGAAAUAAGAUUCGGGAACAAAAUCGAUAUGAUUUGAAAACAGCAGGACCACAGUCUCAGUUGCUUGCUGGAAUUGUUGUGGAUAAGCCACCUCCUACUAUGCAAUUUGAAGAUGAUGAUCAAGGCCCACCAGCUCCUCCUAACCCAUUUAGUCAUCUCACAGAAGGAGAACUUGAAGAGUAUAAGAAGACAAUCGAACGUAAACAACAAGGCCUAGAAGAUGCUGAGCAGGAAUUACUCUCAGAUGACGCUUCAUCUGUUUCACAAAUUCAGUCUCAAACUCAGUCACCGCAAAAUGUCCCUGAAAAAUUAGAAGAAAACCAUGAGCUGUUUUCCAAGAGCUUCAUCUCCAUGGAAGUGCCUGUCAUGGUAGUAAAUGGCAAAGAUGAUAUGCAUGAUGUUGAAGAUGAGCUUGCUAAGCGAGUGAGUAGGUUAACUACAAGUACAACCAUAGAAAACAUCGAGAUUACCAUUAAGUCUCCAGAGAAAAUUGAGGAAGUCCUGUCACCUGAAGGCUCACCUUCAAAAUCACCAUCCAAGAAAAAGAAGAAAUUCCGCACUCCUUCUUUUCUGAAAAAGAACAAAAAAAAGGAGAAAGUUGAGGCCUAAAUAAAGCCUUUUUAUAAUUACUAUUAUAACAACGUGACAUUGCACAUUUAAUUACCACGUUUAAGUUGAUCAUUAAUACGCAAUGGUAGAUCAGAUUGGGGGAUGUAACAAACUGGACUUUAAGAACUGGAAAGAGGUUUUACAAGAACAAAACUUUCAGAUUCAUCUCUGAUUUUAUAUGUCUAAAAAUGGCUUUGAAUUUUAAGCAGUUACUAGUUUUAAUUAGCUCUGCCCUCAUAAAGUGUUAUUAUCAUUCACCAUAACCAGAUAUCUGUCUGAAUUACUUCAGGCCUCCUCCACAAUAUCUGUUAGAAAGAAAUUGCCAGUGAGCAAGUGAGAAUUUUUAUUUCUCAAUUCCUGCUUCACUUGGUAAUCAGAUUGUAAUUUUUUAUCAUUAUUGACUAUAUUUUGGGGUCCCCGUUGUUUCAAUGGGCAUUAACAGAAUGCUUUAAAAGCUUCUAAGACAAGAGUCUAUAGCAUUAGUAUACACUGGCACAUAAUUUUUUAAAAAGUUUUAAGAAAAGAUUCAUGUGGAAUUUUAUUCACAGUAUAAAAUUUCCUCACCUGGAGUAACUUUGUUUGCCAAAAAAAAGUUGUUUUAAUAAACUAUAAUUUUUGAAAACUUCCUUUUUUUAUUAGUUUAGAAAGCCCCUUAUUUUUCAACAAAGGGGAUUUUAUACACAUAACAUGGGUUAUUUAGUUUAACUCUGGCAAAAAACAAUUUUUGUAUGUUGAUGUUUGUAUACCAUUCAGUAUAAAAGUGUCCUAAGCAUAUUAGCCAAUCUUUUCACAGUAGAGCAUACUUAAGACUGCUUGGUACUGAGCAUACUUAAAUAUAAUUGAUGAAUCCAGGGACUUUGUGUCAAAAGGGGAUUAGAACAUAUAAAGGUACAUCUGGAUUCAUAUUUGAAUCUUAUACUGUAUUUUUCUCUUAGUAUUGCUAAUGAAUGAAGAAAAGCCUCAUAAGGUAGCCAAAUGAAAAGAAAAAGAAUGAAAGGGAAAGUGAAAAGUUAAGGUAACAAAAGAUGGGAUGUGAAAAGAAGAAUUCUAGUUUGAUAGUGACUCAUAUUCACGGUAGGAUACAAAGUAUGUUUGUUGGAAACAUGUCCCAAAUUUGUAAAAUUCUGCUUUUCUGCCAAAAGUAUUGUCUUUCUUGGUUAAUAUUUGAGUUUUAAAAAGGUCAGCUCUUUCUAACCUUGUGUAUCUUUAGAGGGCAGCACUAGAAGAAAUCAGCAGGUCUAAUCCCACCAGGAAGAAAACUACCACUUGAUUUUUAUAGAUUUUUAAAAAAUCUUUUCAGUUAACUUUCUUUUUAAUGUAAAUACAAAUUUAAACCUAGGCUUAAGGUAGGCUUUUCCCCUUUCACCCAAGUGAUGUCACAAAUCGAUGCAAAAUCAAUGAUCCAGAAUUAUCCAUGGGUAAAAAUAACCCAAAGUGUUUCUUGGGGGUGAGUUGGCAUGCAAAAAAUUACAUUGAUUACAGUGUGUUUUGGAGCUGGUUCUGUUUGACUGUGUGCAUAUGAUAAUGCAGAGUUGAGCCAGAGCCUGGAAAUGUCAUUCUAGAUCUCACUAACUACUGGACUCAGUGUUUUACUCUCUUGGUGGAAACUUUCAGUUGCUUCACUCUGUAUUGGAAGAUUUUUUUUAUGUUCUACAUCAUUUAUGUUGUAUUACAAUGUAUGUAGAAACAGUAACCUGUGAACUAUGCUUUUCCAUAACUUUUUAAAAAUAUAUAUGUCUAAAUGAAUGCAAUGUGCAUAAAUAUUUUUUAAACACAACAGUGAACUAUUGCACCUUUUGCUAAUGCCUCUAUUUACUCGCUUUGGCAUAAAGAAUGAGCCAAUGAACCUCUGUGUCCUGUGGAAAAAUGUAUAAAUGUUAUCUGAUAUUGCUCUUAGAUGUAAUGCUAAUUAAUGUUAAAUCACAAAUAAACAGUAUUUUAAAUAUA